AUGGCCAACAAUACCAAAGCACUCUUUGUGAAUCAAAAUGUCCAAUUCGAGGUCAUUCAGAAGCAAGAACCCCCAAAACCUGCAGAAGGCGAAUUGUUGAUCAAAGUUUUAUUCUCUGGAGCCAACCCGGCCGAUAUCAAGCAUUCAACUGAACUUGGCAUCAUCAACACCACCCUUGGCUACGACUUUUGCGGCGAGGUUAUUGAGAUCACCAACCCAGAUUCACCUUAUAAAGCAGGGGAUAUAGUGGCCGGUUACACGCCGUCUGGCCUGGGUCGAUCUCCCAACUAUGGCUCUCACCAAGCUUACCUGACUUGCCCCGAGACUAUGCUCUUCAAGGUCCCUGACAACUUGCCCCAGUCUGAUGCGGCGUGUCUUACUGUCGUCACCAUGACGGCCGCUGAUGCACUUUACAAUCACCUUGAGUUUCCCCUCCCCGGAGAAACUGAGAAAUUUGAGAAGAAUGGCCCUUUCUUGCUCUGGGGUGCUACGGGAGCUGUCGGGUACUGUGCCCUUCAGUUUGCUGUUGCAAGCGGCAUCUCUCCUAUCAUCGUCGCGGCGAAACCUGAACAGUUCGAGCACCUUGAAUCUCUUGGAGCCACGAAAUGUUUUGAUUACAGGGCAGAGGAUGUAUACGAAUCUAUCAGCACGGCGUUGAAAGAACUGGGUUACGACGACUUUACAUAUGCAUUUGACGCUGCGGGAGCUCCCAACUCGGGAGACCAAGUCCUUCGAUGCAUUUCAGAGAAAACUGUAGCCGCCUCGACUCUGUUUAGGGAGAGCAAGCAGUUCAAAUUCCCAAUCGCUACGCCAAACCUCGACUUUACCAUUCAACCUCCAGGAGUACCACAUCCGUUCACCGUGCCUGCGAGACCCGCCGACUAUGAAAAGGCUUGGGAGGCUUUGGCAUGGGCUGUUGAGAAUUAUGGAAAGGUUUUUAGGUCUGUGCCGGUUCGUGUGUUGGAUGGAACGGCUGAGGAUGCGCUAGAGGAGAUUCAACGUGUCGUCAAGGUUGGAGGGGGUUUCUCCAAGAUUGCUCUUCAGCAGCCUAUGAAGUGA